CUUACUUAUAGUAAUGCUCUUCUCCUCUACAUGGUCUAUUGAGAGUCAUAUAAUCUCCCAGACCCCGCCGUCACGAUAUUCCGGUGAAAAUGGAGCGACCAGCCACCGACUGCUGCCACGUGGUGGCGAUGCCGUACCCCGGCAGAGGACACAUCAACCCAAUGAUGAACAUCUGCGAGGAGAUUGUUUCCCGGAAGCCACACAACAUCCUCAUCACCUUCGUCGUAACCGAAGAGUGGCUCGGCUUGAUUCGGCCGCGGAAUCGGCCAUCAAUGCACGACAACAUCCGCUUUGUCACGAUCCCCAACGUCGUACCCUCCGAGCACGAUCGAUCAAAGGACUUAGAUGCGUUCGUGGAAGCUGUCUUUAGGAAGAUGGAAGGUCCCUUUGAGGAGCUCCUCGACCGCAUCGAGGUUCCGGUGAGCGCCAUCGUAGCCGAUAGCCACCUCCUUUGGGCCUUGGAUGUCGGGAACCGGAGGAACAUUCCGGUGGCUUCGCUUUGGCCUAUGUCUGCUUCUGUCUUCUCGGUCAUUUAUCAUUUUGAGCUGCUCAAACAAAACGGCCAUUUGCCUGUCCAACUUUCAGUCGACACUGGAUUAACGUCAAAGAGCGAGGACAUGAAGUAGUAGAUUACAUCCCUGGAAUUUCCACAACUCGCCUGGCUGAUCUUCCAUUAGGACUUUUAGACACAAACAAUACUA